AGCAGGAGGCGAAUGAGUUUCAAUUUUACUGGAUUACAGAACAAAGAAAGGAGAAAGGGACACCCUGCUCUGUUAAGGGAAAACAGAAAUAAACUUGGAAUAAAUACACAAAUAAUAGACUAUAAAACGUGCGAUCGAAGUCAACAUUGUGAUGUUCGGGAUUACGAUGUUUUAGCAGACGGCACAGCUACAUUGUGGAUGGGAAUUGUGAGCGUUUCUGAUGGAUUAAAACGGGGGAAUAAACCUAUUCCGGGAUUGACAGCAGCAACAAGGCUAUUUAAUCGCUAAUUAAGAGGCAUGGCUCAGAUGAGGAAGCUGACAUGUGAUGGCAUCAGGACGAACUCCCGGGGCGAACCACAAGUCCCGCUGGUGUCAGCCAGACAGGAGAUCCUCACCAGCCUGGUGUCUGCCCUCGACUCAGUGUGCAUGGCAAUGUCUAAGCUCAAUGCUGAAGUGGCGUGUGUCACCAUACACGAGGACAGCGUGAUUGCAGUCGGCACAGAAAAAGGCAGAGUUUUCCUCAACUCCAGGAGGGAAAUCCAAACAGACUUCUACAAGUUUUGCCGGGUGCCAUGUCUGCAAAAUGUGACCACAGCAAACGCCCAUACCAAAGACCAGGAAGGUGACCUCAGCAAACUGAGUAAAGAUGGUGAGCAUGGGAAACCAAGAGCUCCAUCAGAUGCUCAGUCCAACAUCUUUGUUCUGAGGAAGAUGGUGGAGGAAGUCUUCACUGUACUUUACAGUGAGGCUGUGGGAAAGAGCAGUCUGGUCCCUGUGCCUUAUGAGUGGAUCCAGAAGGACCCCAGCUGUGUGGUGGCCCACGGUUUGCCUGAGGGAGUCACCCUGAAGAAGCCUUCUGAGUAUGACACCAAGACACUGAUGAAGAUUCUGGAGCAGAGCCACCGCAUCCAGUUUACAGUAAAAAGGCCAGCAGAAGAUUUAACUCGGGAAGCCAAGUCCAGCACUGAUGUCAAUCACAACUCUUCCCCUGCCAUCAUGACACCGGGCAGCCAUGGCCCUGGGAAGACUUCUGCCCAGGGAGUUACGUCAUCGAGUCCCGCCACUUCCAGCAACUCUGUCCUGUCAAGCUUCCUGUACGGCAUGCCCAUGUCAUCCAAACCUCACCCAGAUGGCAAGCUGGAUUUCAAACCCAUGUCCCUCCUCAACCUGGGCAAGGACAGAGUGGCCAACUGGACAGCAGGGACAGACAAAUUAAGCACGUCUGUCAAGGACUGUGCUAACAAUGAUGAGACAACAAGACUACCUGGUGAGCAGGGUCAGAGCCCUCCUGGCAUCCACAUCUCCAAGAGGCUUCUUUUCUCCAUAGUGCAUGAAAAAUCAGAAAAAUGGGAUUCUUUCAUUCGGGAAACUGAAGACAUCAACACGUUGAGAGAAUGUGUUCAGAUCUUGUUCAACAGCAGAUACGCUGAGGCCCUGGGUCUAGAUCACAUGGUGCCUGUCCCCUAUCGCAAAAUAGCCUGUGACCCAGGGGCCGUGGAGAUCAUCGGCAUCCCUGACCAGAUCCCCUUCAAGAGACCCUGCACCUAUGGAGUUCCCAAGCUCAAACGCAUCCUGGACGAGCGCCACGGGAUCCGCUUCAUCGUCAAACGAAUGUUUGAUGAAAGGAUUUUCACUGCUGCUGGCAAGAUUGCAAGGGAGGAGGGCAAGCAUGACCUGGGCUCCACGCCUGAAGACAGCUUCCCUGACAAUCUGAGCAUCCCGCCCACCACAGCCGAGCUGGUCAGCAAUCCUCACAGCAGCAGAUCGACAAGUGCAUGCGUGAGUCCCUUGGCUGACUGUGAAGCAGGUCCUUCAGGAGAUUGCAUUCCUUUGAAAAGGAUUAAAACGGAGCCUCCAGAUGGGGAAAUCAUUCAAGUUACAGUGCCAGAUGCUGGUACAAGUGGGGAGGAGCCCAGCGAGCCUGUGGCCGAGCCAGUCGUAGCUGCAGCGUGUCCAGCCACAUCCUCGCCCUCUGCUCCCUCUGCUCCCCAUCACCCAAUGGAAAACCACGCAGCUGAAGCUCUGUCACCCAGUGCUGCCUCCCAGAGCAUCAGAAGAUCCUCUGAAGCAGGGAGCCUGGUGGAGGACAUUGGUGAAAUGAUUCUUCAGCUUCGGAGACAAGCGGAGAGCCUCUUCAGCAUUAAGUACGCUGAAGCUCUGGGCCUUCCUGAACCAGCCAAGGUGCCCUACUCCAAGUUCCAGAUGUACCCAGAUGAUCUGUAUGUCACCGGGCUGCCAGAGGGAAUCUCUCUCCGAAGGCCCAACUGUUUCGGAGCGGCUAAACUGCGCAAGAUCUUGACUGCUAGCAGUCAGAUCCAGUUUGUUAUCAAAAGGCCUGAGCUGUUAACUGAGCAAGUAAAACAAGAGAUGCCUUCCAUGCCCGUCUGUGAUUCAGAGUUGGACGUCAAGGACGCAACAGCAGUAACGGAGGAUACUGCAGCUAUAUCCAAGAGACCUGGAUUCUCAGUGAGAAAGGAUGAAAAACUGCAGCAGACUCUAAAGAAACGGCCUGUUGGAAUGGAAAUUCAAAAAGAUGAAAUUUCUAAGUGUCUUCUGUCUCCAGAGUGCUUGGAGUCCAAACUGUCCAGGAUUGACCUGGCCAACACACUGCGAGAGCAGGUCCAAGAUCUGUUCAACAGGAAGUAUGGGGAGGCAUUGGGCAUCAAGUACCCCGUCCAAGUGCCUUACAAGAGGAUCAAGAACAACCCCGACUCGGUCAUCAUCGAGGGCCUUCCCCCCGGCAUCCCCUUCAGGAAGCCCUGCACCUUUGGCUCCCAGAACCUGGAGAGGAUCCUCGCGGUCGCUGAUAAAAUCAGUUUUACCAUCACCAGACCUUUUCAAGGACUCAUUCCAAAACCAGCACCUCGACGCGUCACUUUACUCAAGAAGGCCUACGCCUCGAUAAGCGAUGACGAUGAUAUUAACCGCAUGGGGGAGAAAGUAGUCCUUCGAGAGCAAGUCAAGGAACUGUUUAACAAGAAAUACGGUGAGGCUCUGGGCUUAGACCGCUCUGUCGUGGUCCCAUACAAGCUAAUCCGUGGCAGUCCAGAGUCUGUAGAAGUUAGUGGCCUUCCAGACGACAUCCCCUUCCGAAACCCCAACACCUACGACAUUGUGUGCCUGGAGAAAAUCCUUCAAGCCGCAGAUGAAAUAACAUUCAACAUCAAGAGCCAGCUACAACCUUUUGCAGAAAUCUGCAGCCAGGCUUGUAACACAGUAGGAACAAACGCCUCCACCAAUCGACGAAAGCGCAAGAGAGUCCAGGAGAGCAACCGAGUACCUGCCUCCUCUGACCUGGGGAUAUCAACCAAUCAGAUUCCAGUGAUGCAGUGGCCCAUGUACAUGGUGGACUACAGUGGAGUGAAUGUGCAGGUUCCCGGGAAAGUCAAUUACUGAAGGACAAACCUGGACUGCAGCAAAGGGAUAAAAUGAGGAGUUUGUCAAAGUGAUAUUCAUGACUCUUCCACAUGCGACACUAACACUUUGUCAGAGCACUAAGACUAAACAAUCUCUCCAGACUGACUAUAGAGAGCGAAGGUAUGACGUCCUGAGUGUUGGGGAACAACAGAAUGUAUGUGGAUCAAAAUGUUGCAGGGCAAAACCUUUUUUUCUGUGUCCUGCCUCCACACAGUGCCAGCAGGACGGCUGUCAGUUUUUGUUUUCCUUAUAAAGCUGAUUAUGACAGUAAUAUUGUUUUUUACAAAGCUAAAGACAACAAAGUCGUGUCAUUUGCCCGUGCACUUACAAAGUGUCCAUCCACUGAGUCAUGUUGUUGGAUCCAGCAUUUGGUUGCAAUGUAUUACUGACAAAAAAUAUCUUUGAUAAUGAUCUGGUUCUAUAAUAUUCAGAUAUUUGUACUUUUUAUUUAUUAUAUUUAUUGAAAUAUAACAUUAUGUGCAGGGAUGUAAAAUACAUUAUUCUGUUAUACAGCUCAUCACAACACUAACACAGAUGCUACUAGUCACUCAGUAACUACAGGUAACCACUGAAAUUGAAUUAAACUGCAGCAAUGAAGUGUCUUAAUUUGGUGUUGUAGUGACCGCAAGCCAUGAGAAAUUAAAGGUGACAAAAUGGACUCAAAGGCUGUGUUUGAAAUCGCAUACUAACGUACUGUACUGCCUACUAAAUGAACAGUUAAGUAUGCCAUUACCAGCAGACUGUUCACACUGAAGCAUACUCGAGCAAGACAGUCAUGUGGCUGCAUCGUGAUUUUGGGGCGAUUGAGCACGUCCAGUAAGCUCACACCGCAUACUAAUUCUUGCUAAUCUAGUAUACAUCUGGGCAUUUCACACGUACACAAAAUCAAACAUACUAUGCAGUUGGAACGCACUACAUGCUCAUUUUAAUGUCAUACUUAGAAUGAAUAGUGCGUUACUAUGCGAUACUGAACGCAUCCCCGACAAGAAGAACCUCUGCUCACACAGCAGCAGGAAGUACCUGUCGUAAACGCAAGACCUUCAGCACACAGCCUCUUUAUGUUAGCACCACAUUAACAAUAUGUAAAAUAUCUCAUUUAAAGUCAGCCUGAAUGUAUUAUGUAAAGGAAAGAAUGGUAUGUUAUUCUGCGAUGACUGUCUCUGGACUAACGAUAUUUAAUAUGCUGUACCUUAACGCCAAUUAGGCCUUUGAAAUAAAAUGUGUUGCCUUGCA